UGAGCAAAUGCCGAGCAGCCAUGAGAUCCAGCCGCCCUGAGCGGGGUGCCCAGGAACCCCUCAGUCCCUGCCCUCAGCCCCUAUCCUGGAGCUCCUCCAGCCUGCUGGGCGCAGGCCGGGGGCAGAGGCCGGAGCUCCACAAGAGCGCCAGCAGCACCGUAUGGCAGGCCCAGCUGGGCGAGGCCAGCACGAGUGCCCAGGUCCCGGAGGAGGAAGGGCGCCAGGCUGAGAGUGAGGAACAGGCACGUGCCUCCAGCCCCCGGCCACAGCCCUGGGCUGUGGGUCACUGGCGGGGCAGCACUGUGGGCGGUGGUGACCUUUGCUGCCUGCGGGACCCCAGCACCGCCGCUGUGCAGAGAAGCCACUCGGACCUGGUCUGCAGCACCCAGAUCUGGGGCCACAGCAGUGCCCGAAAGGCCAGCCUCAGCUGCUCAGCCCUGGGCAGCUCGCCUGUCCAUAGAGCUCAGCUGCAGCCCAGCAGCACUUCUGGCCAGGGUGGCCAAGCCCCUGCAGGCCUGGAAAGGGACCUGGCUCUGGAGGAUGAGACUUCAAACUCAGCCUGGACACUGGAGGAGGGUCAGGUGUGGGUGCCGCCACCUGCUGGGGGCACAAUGAACCACAGCAGCAGCCUCAAAGCCACUGGGCAGUCGGCCACCACCUCCUGCCAAGCUCUGCCCCCAGCAGCCCUACUCUGUGGCGUGAGGAAGGUGGGGGCCAGCAGCUGCUGCCACGGCUUGCCUGCCCCAGGGAUCCUGGCCUUUCCUAAACUAGUGGCAUCAGUGAGUGAAUCUGGGCUGCAGGCUCAGCAUGGGGUGAAAUUCCAGUGUAGGUUGCCUGCGGGGCUUCCUGGGCAUUCCCACUGCUGUGCGUACCCUUGGGGUCCCACCUGGUUAGCUAUGGAGGCCGGCGCCAGGACCAAGGAUAUGUGGACCAUGACCUCAGCAAGUGACCUGGCCCCCAUCUUGGCAUCACCUCUGUCAGCCCAGGAUGCUGGUGUGCAAGCGGCCCCCAAGGCAGUCUGCAAAGCUGUGGCCACCAGCCUGCCUCUGGAGGCCCCUGUGGCCCUGCACACAUUCCCGGAGGUAACUCUGGGGUCCAGCCUGGAGGAGGUGCCAUCCCCUGUGCGGGACGUGCGAUGGGAUGCUGAGGGCAUGACAUGGGGGGUGUAUGGAGCUGCAGUGGACCCUGAGGUACUCGGCCUGGCCAUCCAGCACCUGGAGAUGCAGUUUGAGCAGCUGCAGCGGUCCCCUGCCAGCGAGAACAGCCUGUCUGCGGAGGGCCGGCGGGGGCCACUUCGAGCUGUCAUGCAGUCCCUGCAGUGCCCCAGCUGCUGCGGCUGCUCCAGUGCAGUCCCUGAGUAAGGAGCUGCAGUCCCAGGAGCUGCCCUGGGCCCAUGGACUCAGCCCCAGGGACAGUAGGGGCCCUGUGCCCUUUGGACCCACUGGCACCCAUGGAUGUGUCUCUUCUUGGCUGUCUGCAGACCACAGGACUGCAGCCUGGGGGCUUCCUGCCCCCUGCAGCUGGGCUAGUUUUUAAGGGCUUGAUUUCCAAGAGCCACAUCUGCACACCCGGCUCUGAACUCUGGUACAGUUUCAACACUGUGCAUAAGGGGGCUCCUGACUUUUCUGUCAAAACCCUCGACCUUCUGUUCAGUCUCUCCUCAGAACUCUGCCAUGAUUUCCCCAGGCCUCUUGAUGGCUUUAUUUUCACAGCAGUGCUGAGAUACAACGAAUUCCUG